GCAAUGGCGAGAUUCUGUCUGACCUGAACAAAACUUUAAAUUCUUCUGUACUUUGUUAUUCCUUUUCCUUUCGCCCAACAGAUAUUAUACUUCGUUUUGACUUUUCUUCAUAUUCCUCCAAGAGGUCAUCUCCGCCGUCUAAUUCUAGUUAAUAGCUAAUAUCUACCGUCCUAAAAUAUUGCCCGUCAUGACUAUCACGGAUGGCACAGUACCUCAUAACCCGCCGCAUGCCGCGACGGUCAUAUCCGCGACCGAACUAAUCGGCAACACGCCUUUGGUACGCCUGAACAAGAUCCCGCAGUCUUUUGGCAUCGAGAGCGAAGUAUAUGCCAAAGUAGAACUCUUCAACGCUGGCGGUUCCGUCAAGGACCGCAUUGCCUUGCGGAUGAUCGAAGAGGCUGAGCGAAGCGGCCGUAUCAAGCCUGGCGAUACGCUAAUCGAACCUACCAGUGGAAACACCGGCAUUGGUCUAGCACUGGUCGGCGCGGUCAAGGGAUAUAAGACUAUUAUUACUCUACCUGAAAAGAUGUCUGCCGAAAAGGUCUCCGUGCUGAAAGCCCUAGGCGCAACCAUCAUCCGCACACCGACCCAGGCGGCGUGGGAUAGCCCCGAGAGUCAUAUUGGUGUGGCGAGGAGGUUGGUUAAAGAAAUCCCCAACGCCCACAUAUUGGAUCAAUACUCAAAUGAGAAUAACCCGCUCGCCCACGAAUUUGGCACGGCCGAGGAGAUCUGGGAACAAACCGGCGGCAAGAUCACAUGUAUCGUAGCCGGUGCCGGAACCGGUGGUACCAUUACGGGGUUGGCAAACGGGCUGAAGAAACAUAACAAGGAUAUCAAAGUCGUGGCUGCCGAUCCCCAAGGGAGUAUAUUGGCUUUGCCCGAGGCGCUCAAUAACGAGCAUCGCGAUGAGCCAUACAAAGUCGAAGGAAUUGGUUACGACUUCAUACCUGAUGUGCUCGAUCGAGAAAAAGUUGACAAGUGGUACAAGACGGACGACAAAGAGUCAUUCAAGCUUGCGCGACGGUUGAUUGCCGAAGAGGGGCUGCUUGUUGGCGGAAGCUCUGGAAGUGCUCUGAGUGCUGCGUUGAAAGCAGUCAAGGAUCUCGGGCUGGGUAAGAAUGAUGUUGUCGUUGUCAUUCUACCGGACAGCAUCCGAAGCUAUCUGACAAAGUUUGCGGAUGACGACUGGCUGGCAGCUAAUGAUCUUCUGCCGCCUGCCGACUCGGCGGCAAAGGAAGCAGUGGCUAAUGUCGAUUCCGAGAAGAAGUCCGAGGACCCUUACUCUGGAGCAACAGUUCGCUCACUGAGACUGAAACCGGUCCUCUCAGUUCUUGCCACCAGCCCGUGCGCCGAAGCUAUCGAGACCAUGCGUGACAAGGGCUAUGAUCAACUUCCGGUUCUUGCCAGCGCGGGAGGCAAGCUCGUGGGUCUCGUCACCCUCGGCAAUCUCCUCAGCUACGUAUCACGCGGACGAGCUAGUGGGCAAAGCCCGGUUAAGGACGUCAUGUUCGAUUUUAGCAAGAUAGACGAGGUGGUUACCGACCCUAGAGAAGGAAAGGGAGGCAAGCGCCGCAAGUUUGUCGAGAUCACGCUUGACACGCCUAUCACGGAACUCAGUAGGUUCUUCGAGUGGAACAGCGCUGCCGUCGUCACCGAGCCUAGCCAAGGGAAAGCAAAAGCGCUUAGCAAGCCCGUCGCUGUGGUCACCAAGGUUGACUUGCUGACCUGGAUGGUGAAGCAGGUUAAAGUUUGAUUGAGGUUGGAUUUAUCUUACGGCGGUGAUUUUUGUUGUCCGCUACUAAGUGACUGAAGAUAAGUCAUCGCACGGCGCUAAGGUGGAAUUUCAUCUGGAUCUUAGAUCGACCAACUCAAUAAUCUAGACUUGGGUGGGUUAUAAAUGGUAGACUCAACGUCUACAGACGGAAUCAGUUAUUCACUUGAGUUAUUUACAUAGACAUCGUUUAUAGAAUACGCUGUCGUAAUGAGAUUACGUGCUACGGUA